AUGCUUACAAGAUCAUUAAUCUCUGGACAAAGGAAGUACUUCAUUAGAGUUUUUUCAACUUCAAACAAACAAUAUGACCUCACUGUUAUUGGGGGAGGUCCAGGAGGCUACGUUGCUGCUAUUAAAGCUGCCCAACUUGGCUUAAAGACUGCUAUUGUUGAGAAACGUGGAUCCUUAGGAGGUACUUGACUGAACGUUGGAUGAAUCCCCUCAAAAGCCCUUCUCAAUUCCUCUCAUAAGUACGAAGAUAUGAAGGAGAACUUUGAUACUUACGGAGUUUACGCUGACAACGUCAGGUUUGACCUUGGAAAAAUGAUGAAGCAGAAGGACGCAGCUGUGAGAAGUUUGACUAGGGGAAUAGAAUUCUUGAUGAACAAAAACAAAGUUGACUACUACAAGGGGUGGGGUAAGUUUGCAGAUUCUACUACCAUCUCUAUUGAUCUAAAUAAUGGGAAGACUAAAUCUAUUAGAUCAAAGAACACUAUCAUUGCAACAGGAAGUGAACCUUCUCCUUUUCCGGGAGGUAAAUUAAGCAUCGACGAAAAUAGGGUAAUCAGCAGCACAGGAGCAUUGUCCUUGAAAGAAGUGCCCAAAAAGAUGAUCCUAGUUGGAGGUGGAGUCAUUGGCCUUGAAAUGGGAAGCGUUUAUAGCAGACUCGGGACUGAAGUAGUAGUGGUUGAGUUCAUGGAUAGAAUUAUGCCAAACUUCGAUAAGGAAAUAUCUUCCACCUUCACCAAUAUUCUCAAGAGGAGAGGCUUUAAGUUCAUGUUUAAUACAAAAGUUGUAGGAGGAAGCUUAAAGAAAAAUGGAGCGGCUCUUCAAAUAGAGACAGUAGAUGGAGACAAGCUCGAUGAUCUUGAAGCUGACUACGUCCUUGUGGCAACGGGAAGAAGGCCAUACACUGAAGGUCUUGGACUAGAAAAUAUUGGUGUAACUCCUGAUGUGUUUGGAAGGAUCGAAGUUGAUGAUAAGUUCACCACAAAUGCACCCAACAUUUAUGCUAUUGGAGAUGUCAUAAGAGGCCCAAUGCUUGCACAUAAAGCUGAGGAAGAGGGAGUUUGAGUUGUUGAGAAUCUGAAGGGGUUAAAUGGACAUGUUAACUAUGAUGCGAUUCCUGGAGUUGUAUAUACUCAUCCUGAAAUUGCCACUGUUGGAAAAACAGAAGAGGAACUCCAAGAGGCUAAAGUGAAAUACUCAGUUGGGAAAUUCCCAUUCUCAGCUAAUAGCAGAGCAAGAACUAAUAAUGAAGCAGAUGGAUUUGUCAAGGUGCUUACUGAGAAAGACACAGAUAAGCUUCUAGGAGUUCAUAUGAUAGGGAGCAAUGCAGGAGAAUUGAUUGCUGAAGCAGUCAUUGGUAUCGAAUAUGGAGCAACAUCAGAAGAUAUAUCUAGAAGUUGUCAUGCUCAUCCAACACUUUCAGAGGCCAUGAAAGAAGCAAUGAUGGCUGCCCAUUUCAAAGCUGUUCAUGUGUAA